AUGUAUCCUACAAGAUACACAUUCUUGAAUUCAGUAUUCACGGAAUAUACCAAAAUGUAUUCAAAAGCAAGGAAGAUGAUCGCUAUGGCCUGCCCCCCUGUGGAUAGUGGUUCUGAUGGUUCUGAUGAUGACAAUGCAUCAGAAAUACCUCAGCAUGAAAUGGAGGAGCUUAUGGCCAUGUUGAACGAAGAAUUGGAAGAUUUUGAAUAUAAUGAAAUGUUAGUGAAUGAAUUCGAAAAAGAACAAGAAACAGUUGAUGAAAAUAUAUUACAGGAGAAUAAUAUAGAACCAAAUUAUAUUAUUACUAAACAACAAUGGUCUCAGGAUACUCCAAUACUCUCCAAUAAUCUGAUAUAUUCUCAAGCAAUUCCAUCACCUUCUCAGGCAACUCCAUCAUGUUCUCAAGCUACUACGUCACCUUCUCAAUCAACUCCUUCGUCCAGCUCAAGACGUUCAAAACGUUUACAUAAAUCACCUAACAUUUUUAAUCAAGGUAAUGAAAAAAUACAAAUUAAUAAUCAACCAAAUCUAAUCAAUCCAACUCAAAAAAUAAAGAAAGUUCCUCUAAACCAUUUUGAAUUUAAAUGGACAAAAUCUAGUCCUAAUUUUAGUGUUGAAGUUCCUUUAAAUCAAGAAUAUCCUUUUAAUAAAUCAGUUUGUACUUCAGUUACAGAAAUAAAAGACUUAAUUGGUAUUAUGUUAAUUAUGGGUAUUGUGAAAAUGCCAGCUUACUCAGAUUACUGGUCACCAUAUACAAGAUAUAGUCAAAUAGCAAAUGUCAUGUCACUAAAAAGGUAUAAGCAGCUAAUGCGUUGUCUGCAUUUUUGUAAUAAUGAAGAGACUGAUGACACUGAUAGGUUUUUUAAAGUUAGGAAACUUAUAGAUAUUAUUCGUAUAAAUUGCCUUUCAGUUCCUCAAGGAAAACGGUUUUCCAUUGAUGAGAUGAUGGUACCCUACAAAGGGAAAAAAGCAGGAUCAAGAAAACAAUACAUGAAAAAUAAACCCAAAAAAUGGGGCUUCAAGUUAUUUUUCAGAGCAGGUAUUGAUGGAAUGAUAUAUGACUUUUUAACAUAUUCUGGAGAAAGUACAUUCCGUAGCAUACAUUUUUCACCUUAUGAAAUUAGCUAUUUUGGACUAGGGCCCAAAGUAGUAAUUGCAUUGUGCUUCUCAAUUCCUGACAAACCACUAUUUGAGAUCAGAAUUUGGUAUUUUAAGUCUUGGAACUUUGAGGAAACAGCAUCUGCGUGGUUCCCCAUUAUUGAUGACAAAACAAUGAUAAAACAGUCAAGAGGUUCAUUUACUUCUUUAUGUGAUAAAUCAAAAAAAGUGUCCAUAGUAAAAUGGUUAGAUAAUAAAAUUGUUUGCUUAGCCAGUUCAUAUACUUCUGAGAACACACAAAAUACUAGUUAUAUUCAAAGAUACUCCAAAGAAAAGAAAAAAAGGAUCCUUGUACCAUAUCCUAAUAUUGUAAAAGAAUAUAAUUCCCAUAUGGGUGGAGUGGAUUUAGCCGACAUGUUUGUGGCUCUUUAUCGAACUGGAUUGAAAUCACACAAAUGGUACAUGUCAUUAUUUUCACAAAUGUUAGACAUAUGUGUUAAUAAUGCAUGGAUACUAUAUCGUAGAGACUGUAAGGCACUAGGUGAAAAACAAAAAAGACUGAAAGAGUUUAGACAUGAGAUAGGCAUCGCGUUGACAAGUAAAGACAAGCUUAGACUUGGACGUAGACCAUUAGAAAAACCUUAUGAUUUUAUUGCCAAAAAAAUUAAAAAUUAA